AUGCCAUGUGCGCUGGCGCCUGCUGCAAGUGCCAGCUGCAUCGCACAGCCAUGGAAGUCAAGAGGGCUGGUUCAAACGAGGUCCUCGAUCGCAGUGCAUGCCCGUCGGCCGACGAAGAGGCGACCGAGGAAUACCGGAACAACAGGGAAGACUCCCAACCCCCGACUCGCAGGAGAGUCUGACAUUGACAAGAUCUUGGCAUUGGGUCCAAAUCCUGUUCUCGAGGAGUUGAUGCCCAUUCUUCGGCAACACCGAGGAUCUUUGGAGAGGAACCCGCAAUAUGUGACCAACUUGCUGAAGAUACUGGUGGAUGAGGGUCGCGGUCCAGUCGCCAUGCUGGUCCUGAAUUUCAUGCGCAGCAACGGCCUGAAAAUCAAUAAGAGAUCCAACCUGCAAAGCAGCCGUGCGAUGGUUGGCUUGGAUGAGGUGCGCCAGUGGCAGAUGGCGCUGCAUUUUAUUCAAGAAAUGCGUGACAAGCACGUAGCGCCAAACGACAGAACCUUGAAUAUAGCCAUCGACACCUGCAUAAGAGCUGGGAAGCUGCAAACUGCUCUUCAGCUUGUGGCAUCCCUGGGGUUGGAUCUGGACGAUGUGACACUUGGAACUCUUUUGCAAGCUUUUCAAGAAGCUGGACAGUGGGAGCAAGCGCUGCUCAUCUUCAGCAGUAUACCGCGCAUGCACCUACAGCAGACAGCGUUUCAUUUUGCUGGAGCUAUGAAUUCUUGUGCAAUGUCCGGGCAGUGGGAGUGCGCUUGUGGUGCAUGUCAGCAAUGGGAAGCGGCACUUGCGCUCUUCCAUCUGAUGCCCAACCCCAACCGUAUCCAUUGGAAUGCAGUCAUGAGCUCCUUGGCACAGUCAGCUUGGCCGAUUGCUUUUGCUCUCUUUCAUCGCAUGGUCCGAGACAGCAUUCCACCUGACCUGGAUACGAUGGGCACUGCUAUGCAGAUCUACCAAUCUGCCGGGCACUGGCCGGCCGCGUUGCAUCUGUUUGCAUCCAUGACAGCUGCCAGCGCCGACCUCGACAUGCAGAGCCGCUCAAAUGGAUACAACUAUGCACUGGAUGCUCUUCAUGAAGUGGACUGCGCUGCUCACCUUUGGAACCAGGCAGUGAAGGAGGCGGUGUUCCCAGGAGUUAUGAAAGGAGGUCCGAACAAGCUGGAUCUGCACGGCCUUUCCUUCGGUGCAGCGAAGCUGGCUGUGAAGUGGUGGAUUCAUGAGGUCGUGCCUGAGCUGCUCGAUGCCACGAGUCCACCGCCUUACUUCCUUGUCAUCGUUGGCCGCCUCAAGGAUUCAGAGGAAUCCCUUCUUCUCGAUCUCGACAUCCUGUAUCGCAACCCCGACAGCCUUGGCCUAGCCUGGAAGCAGUCGAAGACGAGCAAACUCGCAGACUGGGACGACUCACAGGACGGGAUCUACAGGCCGGACACCGUGGCAGGCAGCUCCGUGCUACGGACGUUGCAAGAGGGGAUGCGGUGGAUGGACAAUUGCCACAUGCUGCACAACAUGAAGCAGCGAGCAUUUCGGGAUGACAUCAAGGCUCACAACUCGGCAGCAUCGGCUCUGGAGAAGGUGAGCAAGUGGGAAGGAGCGCUGAAUGCUGUCGAGUACUCCAGCAGUCGCGGGCUGCCAAAGGACUUGGCUUCAUUUGGAGUCAUGCUGGGCGCCUGUGGGCAGGGUGGAAGUUUUCGCCUCGCGGUGUCUGGACUUCAAGACCUGGUUCAAGGAGGAUUCAGGGCCACGCCGCAAUUUCUGGGCAUGGCCUUGGAGGCCGGGCGGGACGAGCCAUCCAUGGCGCCUGCGGUCGCGGCUCUGCUGGGAGAGCUGAAGGAGCGGAUGGCGAAAUGGCUUCACCCACCAUCCCGGAGUUCGGACGAGGCCAUGCUUGGCAUUCGCGAGUCCUCGGCGGCUGUCGAGAUGCUGCACCAGUACGAUGUCCUGGAAGGGCAAACAUACACAGCCUUUCAGAAGCGAGCUUGCCGGCCACUCCUUGCUGCGUUGAGUCUCCCAGAAGGGAGCGACAGUUCCUCGGAUCGGUUGGCCGCCGUCGGCAGCCUCGGGCUACCCUUCACGUUUGAUGCCUUGGCUGUGAUACAGGUGCUCCCUGCCACGAUGCCCUGGUCUCCUGUAGCACGCACCUGUUCCCGGCGCACAUUUCAGAUGCUCGAUGCACCCGACAGGCUGGGUGCUUCGUCGGCAACUGUAACUGCGUGGACGACCUACCUUUUCUUGCCUGUGGACCACUGUGCGAAGCAAGGUCUUUCCGAGGCUUCGCAGCACUCUUGGGAGGUCUCAGAGAGCUAUGACUGGAAACAGGAGACGACUGGCAACUAUCACGUGGAGGGCAGGCUGAUGGUGGGACCCUACAAGGACAUCCGGGAGAAACUGGACUUCGACCACCACGGCUGCUAUAACGUGAGGCGCCAGCAGCUCCAAGAUGAGAUCAUCAGCAAGGUUGUUGGAAGCGGCAAGCGAAAUCCAUACCCGUGGAUAGUCUUCACAGCUGGGUCUUUCUUCGCCGGAAAAUCAUGGGUGGCGUCUUGGAUGCUUGAACAGGGCUACCUACCCUUCGAUGAUGUGGUGCGAACAGAUCCAGAUCUCAUAAGAACAGAGCUUCCCGAGUGGUCAGGCUAUCUCGCCAGAGACGGCCCGGAAGCUGCCGUUAUGACACAGAGGGAAGCAGGGACAUGCGCUCUUAUUGCACAGUGGGAAGCCAUGCGUCAAGGUCGACACAUACUGGUUGAUGGCUCCUUGCGGAAUGCCAGCCGCCAGCAGUCGUUUUUUGCAGAGAUUCGUGAAGCCUAUCCCGAAUACCGAAUUGCAAUCAUUCAUGUCUUUGCAAGUUGGGAUGCAAUGCAGAAGAGGUCGACGGUUGCACGCGAGGGCGGACGUGUCACCAGCCCAAAGGCUCUGCGCACGUCCUUCGACGCCGUGAAAAGCUCUGUUUCUGAACUUGAAGCACUUGCUGACUUGACCACGCACAUCAACAACGAUGGCUUCCCACCAGAGCUGCUGUACAUGACCUUUGGACAGAAGUGCAGGAAGGUUCGGAAGUGGAACGAAGUUCGCACUGCUUUCCUGCAGAUUCCGGGACUCAAGGUACCUUCCUUUCGCUCGUUGCUACUGCUUAUCAUGAUCUCUGGACUCGCAUGCCUUUUGCUUCCCUGGGACCAUCGCCUUGGCAGCUGA